GAUUAUUCGUAACUUCUUUGAUUAGAGAGCAAAUGAGUUUUGUCACAACAAGGACCAUAAUAUAAUUUUUAUCUUUCAUUUUUGAAAUGGCCGGAUCAGCCCUAAAAAGGCUGAUGGCAGAAUAUAAACAAUUAACUUUAAAUCCACCAGAAGGAAUUAUAGCUGGACCACUGGAUGAAGAAAACUUUUUUGAAUGGGAAGCAUAUAUUAUGGGCCCAGAAGGAACAUGUUUUGAAGGAGGGGUCUUUCCUUCUCGUUUAACUUUUCCUCCAGAUUACCCAUUGAGUCCACCUAAAAUGAAAUUUACCUGUGAUUUGUUUCACCCAAACAUAUACCCGGAUGGAAGAGUGUGCAUCUCUAUCCUACAUGCCCCCGGGGAUGAUCCUAUGGGGUAUGAAACUAGUGCUGAACGCUGGAGCCCAGUGCAAAGUGUAGAAAAAAUCCUGCUUUCUGUUGUCAGUAUGCUGGCAGAACCCAAUGAUGAAAGUGCAGCAAAUGUAGAUGCAGCAAAAACAUGGAGAGAAAACAGAGAGAAGUUUAUGGAGAUAGCUCAUAGAACUGUCAAGCAAUCAUUAGGGUUAUAGCAACACUAUGUGUUUUUGUUUCAUUGGUCAGAACAUUGAAGUUGGAGAAAGUGUCGUUGAAAAGCAUACAUGAGUAUACAUUUGACUUCAUCUUGGGGAUCUCUUGUAUGUUGACUUUUUUCUGAGACACGUUGCCCUGAAAGUUCUUGCCCAACUGAUCAGCUUUAGUUUAAGAUCUGUCACAUAUUGUACAUUCCAACCUUCAGAUAUAUGCUCGCUUUCAAUGUUGGAUGUAGUUUUUCUGAUUGGUUAGACAUUUAUGUGCAAUAAUGCCAUUGUAGUAAGGUAUAUGGCUGAAAGUAUAUCCAUGAGCAAGGAUUUCACAUGGACAGUAAUAAAUUUAAUAUAUUUAUCAUACACUCAUUCAUGUAAAUUAAUUGAAAACGUAUCACUCAAUUGCAUACAUGUACUUUGUUAUUAUUUUACAGUAAAUUAAGAGAACCUAAGCAACUUCACAUGUAUUUCGAUAGUAUUGUGUGCAAGUUAAAUUGAUGUGCAUGUACAAAUAUUCAGUCCAAGGCUUCUGUGCAGUUCUCCUGUAUAAAAAAAAAAAGAAAA